CCGCGACUGCGCUCUGGGCCCCGCGCGCCCCGCCCCCACCCGGGACCUGCUCCGCGGGGCGUCGCCUCGGACCCCGCGCCCCGCACCCUCGGGGGACCGGCCCCUCGGCUGGGGGCUCCAGGUGCGCUCCGGGGAGGAUGAAGCAGGCGCUGGUGGACGAUACUGAGGACGUGUCCCUGGACUUUGGCAAUGAAGACGAGCUGGCCUUUCGGAAAGCCAAGAUCAGGCACCCACUGGCCACCUUUUUCCAUCUGUUUUUCCGAGUGAGUGCCAUUGUCACGUAUGUGUGCUGUGACUGGUUCAGCAGAAGCUUUGUGGGCUGCUUUGUCACCGUGCUCCUCCUCCUGUCCUUUGACUUCUGGUCUGUGAAGAACGUAACGGGAAGACUCAUGGUGGGCCUUCGUUGGUGGAACCAGAUCGAUGAAGAUGGGAAAAGCCACUGGAUUUUUGAAGCCAGAAAGGCCUCUCCGAAUCACAUUGCCGCCACAGAGGCUGAAGCACGUAUCUUCUGGCUCGGCCUCAUCAUCUGCCCGCUUAUUUGGAUCGUGUUCCUCUUCAGCACCUUAUUCUCCCUGAAGCUCAAGUGGCUGGCCCUUGUGAUAGCUGGGAUUUCUCUCCAAGCCGCUAACCUGUAUGGUUAUAUCCUCUGUAAGAUGGGAGGUGAGAGUGACCUCAGCAAAGUCACAGCCAGUUUUCUGUCCCAGACGGUAUUCCAGACGGCUGGCCCGGGUGACUUCCAGAAGCCUGGCCUGGAGGGGCUGGAGAUUCACAAGCAUUAGGCUUCUCUUCUGAGCCUGCAGUGGCUGAAGCAAGAGGUUCUGUUCUUAAAUAAGCUUCAGCAGAGAAGAAUUCCCUGACCAAUAAGCCGUUGGUUUCCUGCCGGAAGUAGGCCUCAGGGGAGAGGCCCGAGACGUUUUUAUUCUUGCCUUUAUGUAUGCUGACAGUGUAUGAACACGACAAUUAAAGCGUCUCUGAAAAAGUGACUUCACGCCCUACCAGCGUCUGGUCCCUUUCUGCCCGUGUCCCCAGGCUGCUUGGGCCGGGCUGCGGGGUCGGCUCGUGUCCUGAACACUCUCAUGUUUCAGGAACUGAUGAGGUGCCCUUCUUCUGGCAGAUGGCGACCACAGAACUCCUGGAUUCCUGGAACAUGAGACAACAGAGAAGCGGUGAUGCGGUGCCCCUCUCUCAGGCAGCCCUGCCUGUGCUGGUGAGGGCUGAAGCCCUGCAUGGCUGAAUUCCCAAAACAGUCCUGUUUCUGCCAAUGCUGACUCCUCAAAAGUGCUUGUCCACGGUCCUAAGUGUGUGGCUGGAGAUCUUACAUGGGCCCAUUCCACAGAUCAAGAGCCUGGAAAUGCCAUUCCCCGCCCUGGAUGCCCUUCUCCUAGGUAAAAGGAAUGCGUGACAGCUUUAAUGACUGCCCCUGCCCAAGCUGCCUUAACGUCCAGGCCUCCACUGGCCACUCACCAGCACACUCAGGCUGCACAUGUGCUUUCUCCUCUCAAAAGCUUUCUCAUGGACACCUGGCUUCCUAGGCUGAGGGGUCAUCCCAGCCCUCACGAGCCCUACUGUCCCCACUCAAGGCUGAGUGGCAGUGACCCUAAUAACCCAUAAAUGGCUCUAAAUGGGAUGUUCACACCCAGCAGAGCACAGGAGUCAGGCACACACGUACUUUGAAUGAUACUUCUGUAGGCUAAAGUGGCUGGGGAAUCCGGAGCGUCAAUCAGAAAAGACUGUCCUUUAUCGCAACUCUUACCUUGAAGAGAAAUGAAAAGAAAAAAAUCCAUGAAGAAAACCGUGGCAAGGUGAACUGGAGGCCCUCUCGGGCCUGUGAUGUUAAGACCCUGAGCCCACCUCACUUGCAGUGGAGAGUAUAGCUGAGGAAACACACGAGAUGAAUGCGAGCAUAAGUACACAUGUGGAACGUGUGUAUUUACACUCCUCGGGGCUGCCCAGGCAGGUCCUCCUUGCCCCUCUUCCACUGCUCUGCCCACCCCCAAAACCUGGGCAGACCCCGUGCGCCUGCUCGGCACAACUGCAGAAGCAAGUCAGUGGCGCUGCUCCCCCACCUCAGCUGGGCCCUGCAAGGCCAGCUGCCCCAGGAGCCAGGGAAACUGAGGGAGGAAAGGAGUCAGGAGGAGGAGCUGGCAGAGCUGGAGUCCAGAUGAACCCGAGCCACCCUGGGAAUGUGCUGGACCAGGUCCGGAAGUCCUAGGUCCCAGAAGAGUCACAUACUAGCCACUGGGUACAAUUUUCACAGUGUUCAAGUCUUCCCUGCCCCGGGGGACCCUCCCCCUCCCCGUUUUAAUAAAACUUCCAUCCCUCUCA